AUGCUGCGCGUUUCCAGCAUCAACUCUUCCAAUAUGCUCCUCAUUUUCUCUAGUUCGUGGGGGACUAUUCCACCAUCGUCUGAAUCAACCACAAAUGGAUUAUUGACGGCAGCGUCCACAUUUGCAGUUUGCUGCGCAAUUAGUGGCGCCGCAUUCCCAGCCGUAGCAUUUCCAUCCGAUGAGGGAACAGCCUCACGUCAUAGUCGUUCGAGUUCGGCGUCACCAAAUAUGUUGGAGCGCAGGAUGUACCGGUCUGCCAGGUUUUGCUCAGUGACGGAUAGAGAUGGCUCCAGCUCUGCAAAAAAGCGACGCAUCCGAGCCCGAUAUGCCAAACAUCCGGUUUCUUCCCCUUUUGCCCUAAAGUACGCCCGCAGUGCGUUUGCGUUCAUUGUUUGUGACCAACGCAUGCGACGUGCUCCACCAGCGGCGGGUGCCGCUUGCUGA